AUGAGUGGAACCACUAGAGAUUUGCUCGACCUCGACGCCGAGCUCGACGAUGAGGAAGAUGACGAGUCCUUCGAUGAAGAGACCGGCGACUCUCGCAGGAGGGAGCGUCCCAAUCGGAUGGACGAUUCGAGCGAGGAGGAGGAAGACGAUGAUGACGAAGAGGAAGCUAGAAAGGUCCGUGAAGGAUUCAUCGUUGACGAGGAUGAGGAAGAGGACGAGGCCGAGAACUCGGAUGAGCGCGAGCGAAGGAAGCGUCGCAAGCGUCGCCGCGCCGAACGCGAGGAGGAGGCACAACUUGACGAGGAGGAUCUCGAUCUGAUUGGUGAAGCUCAUCCCGAUUGGGAGCGCAAGCAAGCACAACAGACCAAGUUCAAGCGCCUCAAGCGUGGCCACCGUGAUGAGGACGAUCGACCGACCGAGCGCCGUACCCUCCAGGAGAUCUUCUCUGAUGACGAAGAGGAAGGCGAUGAGCGUCCCUACGGACGGCCCAGCCACCGAGCCCAAGCUGACGAGUUUGAUGAUUUCAUCGAAGAAGACUUUCCCGAGGAUGAGGAUGAACGUAUCAGACAUCAAGAGGAUCUCGAGGUCGCCCGUCCACGCGACAAAGGACUUGUCGGUAGCGUCGUUGAUACUACCGGGCUCGAUAAAGAUGCGCUUGAAGACAUGGAGGCCAUCUUCGGCAAUGGCGAGGACUACGAGUGGGCACUACAAAUGGAAGAUGAAGAGGAAGACCGUGAACGUGAAGAACAAGUCAUAGAGCUCAAGGAUGUCUUCGAACCGUCGCAGCUUUCGGAGAAGCUACUGACUGAUGAAGACAACGAAAUCCGCUUUACGGAUGAGCCCGAGCGCUUCCAAUUGGAUCGCAAACCUUUCAAAGAUCUUCAGCUCUCGGCAGAACAGUUUAAGGAGGAGGCCCGGUGGAUUACGAGUCUGAUUUGGCCCCGUAAACAGCUCGCUUCUGAUCUUCAUGCUCCUUUCACGAAGGCUAUUGGCAAGGUGCUCGAGUUCUUCAUCAUAGAUGAUGUUGAAGUCCCCUUCGUCUUUCAGCAUAGAAAGGAUUAUCUCAUUCAUGCGAAAAAGACAAGAAAUCCAGAUCGAGACCGGGACGACCCGGAUGCCCCUGAGUUCAUUGUCAACGCGGAGAAGCUUUUGACUCAGGAUGACCUGUGGCGUAUCCUUGAACUUGAUAUAAAGUUCCGCGGUCUGGUUGAAAAGCGAAACGCUUUGGAGAGAAUGCGCCAGAAUCUCGAGUCUAUUGAUAUCCGAGAUGAUCUUCUGGAGGAGAUGCUCCCUCAAGCAGCUACCAUGGAAGAAUUACAGGAUCUGCAAGACUAUGCCAAUUUCCGAUACGCCGCCCAGCUCAAGGAUAUUGCUGCCAUGGGCGGUGCAGCGAAGGAGAUAAAACGCCCUGGCGCAAAGUCCUCUCUAUUCGAACGGAUUCGCAAGGGCAAGGUGUAUAACUUCGUUCGAGCGUAUGGUAUCACGCCAGAGCGCCUCGCACAGAAUGCCCUGCGCGAAGGCAAGAAGGUCUCGGCCGAUGAUGAUUCACGUCUUCCAAUCGAUCUUGCCGACAGCUUAACUGACAGCGAUUUCCCGACUGGGGAUUCCGUUAUUGGCGCCGCCCGUCAGAUGUAUGCGGAGGAGCUGUUUGCCAGCCCCAAGAUGCGAAAGCACUUCCGAGUUCACUACUACAACAUGGGCUGGAUCAGCUGUCGCCGUACGGACAAGGGCCUUCGAAAGAUCGAUGAGGCUCAUCCUUACUAUGAGAUUAAGUACCUCAUAAACCAGACGAUUCCUGAUCUGGCUCGCCGGCCCGACAUCUUCCUCAAGAUGAUGAAAGCAGAAGAGGAGGGUCUCGUUGAGGUCAAACUGACUCUGCAGAAUGAGCGGGAUUUUCGACGUCAGCUUUACAAUGAGUUUGCUUCCGAAAACUACAGUGACCUUGCCGAUGCUUGGAACCUAGAGCGGCAAAAGGUGCUGGACGCCGCCUUCUUAAAGCUAGAGAAGGUCGUCACCAAAGGUGUUAAGGAUUCACUCCGAACUUCCUGUCAGGAAGAACUCCUCAGAGCAUGUAGAGAGGAAUAUUCCAAGCGUCUAGACCAGGCGCCCUAUAAGCCGAAGGGCAUGGUUCUCGGCACUACUCCUCGUGUACUUUCAUUGUCCAAUGGAAUGGGCGACCCGAAUCGUGACCCAAUUUGCUGGGCUUGGGUUGAAGAAGACGGCCGAGUUUUGGAGCAAGGCAAAUUUGGCAAUUUGGCACGAGAUGAGGCUCAGCGAGAGGCAUUUGUCGAACUUGUGAAGCGGCGCAGACCCGAUGUCAUCGGUGUCAGCGGCUUCUCGGCCGAUAGCAACAAAUUGGUCAAAGAUUUGGAAAAUCUCGUCAACGAGAAGGGUCUCAUGGGUCCUGAAUACGAUGACCCUGAUACCGGCGAAUACCGCAGCGAUCUCUUAGAAGUGGUGAUCGUCAACGAUGAGGUGGCCAGGCUUUAUCAGAACAGUCCACGGGCCGUUGCCGACCACCCUUCUCUUGCUCCUCUGACUAGAUACUGUGUGGCUCUGGCAAGAUAUCUGCAGAAUCCCAUGAAGGAAUAUGCGGCUCUUGGAAAGGACAUUACGACUCUGUCUUUCCAUGCUUGCCAGCAACUCCUACCUCAGGACAAACUUGCAAAGCACCUAGAGACAGCGAUGGUGGACAUGGUCAACCUCUGUGGUGUUGACAUUAACGAAGCCGUCAGCGACUCUUACACUGCCAAUCUACUGCCAUACAUUGCUGGUUUGGGACCACGCAAGGCCACGGCUGUCAUCAAGGGCAUCAAUGUCAACGGUGGAGUUGUCAACUCCAGAGAUGAGCUUGUUGGAGAUCCGGAUAGUGGAAAGGUGCCCGUGGUGGGGCCCAGAGUCUGGAAUAAUUGCGCCAGUUUCUUAUUCAUCGAGUACGAUGCGACAAACCCCUCCUCAGAUCCGCUGGACAACACUCGUGUGCAUCCAGAAGACUACGAACUUGGUCGCAAGAUGGCUGCCGAUGCACUUGAGCUUGAUGAGGAAGACGUCAAGGCCGAGACUGACGAGAAUGGCCCUGGAGCCAUCGUUCGCAAGCUGUUCAAAGAAGAUGAGCAGGAAAAGGUCAAUGAACUCAUCCUCGAGGAGUAUGCGGAGCAGUUGGAAACUCAGUGGAGUCAACGUAAGCGAGCAACUCUCGAGACGAUCAGAGCCGAGUUGCAAGCACCAUAUGAAGAAUUGCGGCGCAAUUACUCUCCUCUCGGGGCAGAAGAGGUUUUCACCAUGUUCACUGGCGAGACGAAGGAUUCAUUAGCUGAAGGCAUGAUCAUUGCUGUCAAUGUUCGUGUCGUCAAGGAUGAUUUUGCAAUCGUGAAGCUGGACUGCGGCAUAGAAGGUCGUAUCGAGGCCCACGAGGUGUCAUACCGCACGUCUAUCAAAGAGAUUCUCCAUGUUGGACAGACGGUGCAGGCUAAACUGAUUGAAAUCAGCCGAAAGGAUUUCCUUGGUAAGCUGUCCAUGAGGGAAGAUGUUCUUCGACGGCCGUACAGAAAGCAUCUUGAUCAUGACCGCAGCAACUGGGACUUCCCACUGGAGGACCAAGAUAAGGAAGAGCUCAAGGAGAAGGACAAGAUCACCGGACGUACGCAGAGGGUUAUCAAACAUCCCAUGUUCAAACCGUUCAACUCAGUCCAAGCUGAAGAGUACCUCGGAUCACAGCCAUCCGGUGAAGUCGUCAUUCGACCUUCUUCAAAGGGCAACGACCAUCUUACUAUCACCUGGAAGGUCGCAGAUGGUGUCUACCAACACAUCGAUGUGCUUGAACUGCAAAAGGACAAUGAAUUCUCCGUUGGCCGGACUCUACGUAUCGGUGGCAAGUACACUUACACCGAUCUGGACGAGUUGAUCGUCGAACAUGUCAAGGCAAUGGCAAGAAAGGUGGAUGAACUCAUGCAACAUGAGAAGUUCCAGAAGGGCUCCAGAACCGACCUGGAAAAAUGGCUUACCACCUACAUGGAUGCCAACCCCAACCGCUCAACAUAUGCCUUCUGCAUUGACGCAAAGCACCCGGGGUAUUUCUGGCUGUUAUUCAAAGCCAACCGGACUUCCCGCGUCAAUGGCUGGCCAGUGCGUAUCAUCCCAGGCGCGUACGAGUUGAUGAAGAGCCAGUAUCCCGAUAUGCGGGCUCUCACCAACGGCUUCAAGCUCCGCUACCAGAGCGAGCUGGUCAAGAUGCAGACGAACGGAAGAUGA